AUGGUAGUAGACCCGGAUAUGAAGUGUUUGAUUCGGGGAUUCGGUAUGCGAGGGGGCGUAUCAGGCGGUGUUCGUGGUCGUUCAGAUCUUGUGACGUACUGUGAGAAUUGCAACUCGGGGAAUGCGAUUGCAAAACCGAACUUGCUUCUGACCGAAAGAAAUUACAACCCUGAGCCAGAUGUGGGAGUUGUGAAGCCAAGAGAAAGAGCGCGGUGGAGGCGAACCUGCCUAAUUGAAAGCGCGUCGCAACGCGUCGAGGUCCCCGGCGGUUGCAGGGGGUUUAAUGUCUAUUACGUCAGCCAUCAGCACCCUGUCACGCCCGUGUCCGUCGUCGGUCCCUGCAUGGCCCGAGCUUCCCCUGUUGGAUUUUUGGAUGGAAAUUUUGUUGCGUCGGCAGAUUCGCAACUUUUGACCAUCGCAAAGUGA